AUGGAAACGCUCUAUCGGAUUCCGUUCGCGGUGCUGGAAUGUCCAAACAUCAAGCUGAAGAAGCCCUCCUGGCUGCACAUGCCAUCCGCGAUGACUGUGUACGCGAUGGUGGUAGUGUCCUACUUCCUCAUCACCGGGGGCAUCAUCUACGAUGUGAUUGUGGAGCCUCCCAGCGUAGGCUCGAUGACAGAUGAAAAUGGGCACCAGAGACCAGUUGCCUUCUUGGCGUACAGGGUGAAUGGGCAGUACAUCAUGGAAGGAUUGGCAUCCAGCUUUCUGUUUACGAUGGGUGGCUUAGGCUUCAUCAUUCUGGACCGAUCAAAUGCCCCAAACAUCCCAAAGCUCAACCGGUUCCUGCUGCUCUUCAUUGGAUUUGUCAGUGUGCUUUUGAGUUUCUUCAUGGCACGGGUCUUCAUGCGCAUGAAAUUACCGGGAUACCUAAUGGGCUGA